AUGAAGCCUCCGGUUCUUCUACUUUGUGUCCUGCUCUUUUGUCAGAGCUGGGCUUUUGAGUUUGUCAUCGAUGGAGAGUGGGAAAGUCAAUUGGUAAGACCGUUGGAUCAGUACCACCAAUCUGGAAGACACAGGAGGAACAUUUUGACCAGUGAGGAGGAAGAAGAUUUUGAGGCUAUUCAAGGCAAUGACAUCACUGUUAAGAGCUAUAAGAUGGAGAGCAGGAUAACGUCCCGAUUCGUUCACACCACAGUCAAGAGCUCUGUGGUUAACUCGGGCUCCAGCGCACAGAGCAUCGGCUUUAACGUCCAAAUCCCCAAACGUGCCUUUAUCAACAACUUCACCAUGAACGUAAAUGGGAUCACAUUUGUUGGGUCUGUAAAGGAAAAAGCAGUUGCGAGAAACCUUUACGCUCAAGCAAGAGCCCGUGGGAAAGCUGCUGGUAUUGUCAGGACUAACUCUCAAGCAAUGGAGACCUUUAAGACAGAGGUGCAUGUUCCUCCUGGCAGCAAGGUGGAGUUUGAGCUACACUAUCAAGAAAUGUUGCAGAGGAAACUGGGCUUUUACCAGCACACCCUGCACAUCCAGCCUGGACGCCUUGUGCCUUUGCUACAAGUUGAUGUUUAUAUAUAUGAACCCAAAGGCAUUAAGUCUGUCUCCGCCUCUAACACACUAGGAGAACAAUUUGCAGAAUUGACCAGAAUCACCCACACCAAAGACAAAGCCCAUUUAGUGUUCAAACCAACACUACAGCAGCAGCGUAAGUGUGAAAACUGCACAGACAGCGCUGUGGAUGGCACCUUGACCAUCACAUAUGAUGUCGAGAGAGAGAGCAAUGCUGGAGAACUGCAGGUGUCUGAUGGUCAUUUCAUUCACUUCUUUGCACCUUCUGAUCUUUCGCCUCUCUCCAAAAACAUUGUUUUUGUGAUUGAUGUCAGUGGCAGCAUGUGGGGAUUGAAGAUGAAACAGACUGUUGAGGCAAUGAAGGCUAUUCUGGAUGAUCUAUCAAUGGAUGACUACUUCAGUGUCAUAGACUUCAAUCACAACGUCCGCUGCUGGAGUGAAGACCUGAUGCCGGCUACCUCCAUCCAGGUGGAUGAGGCCAAAAAGUAUAUUCAGAAUAUCAAACCUAAUGGAGGUACAAACAUCAACGAGGCUCUACUGAGAGCAGUGCAGAUGCUGGUGAAAGCAUCCAGUAGGGGCGUGCUCGACCCCCGUUCUGUUUCUAUGAUCAUCCUGUUUUCUGAUGGAGACCCAACAGUAGGAGAAAUAAAGUUGAGCACUAUUCAGAAGAACGUGAAGCGUGUGAUGAAGGAGGAGUUUUCUCUCUUCUCCCUUGGUAUCGGCUUCGACGUGGACUUUGACUUCCUGGAGCGAAUUUCCUUGGACAACAGGGGCGUCGCCCAGAGGAUCUUUGCCAAUCAUGAUACAUCAGAGCAAUUAAAGGAAUUCUAUAGCCAGGUCUCCGCUCCUCUCCUCAGGUCCAUCACCAUCCACUUCCCUGAUAGUGACGUAAGCGACAUGACUCAGAACCGUUUUGACAAGUUCUUCCGUGGUUCUGAGCUGGUAGUAGCUGGAAAAGUUAAACCAACAGACCUCACAACGCUGCAAAGCUAUAUCACUGCCUCUGCUGCCAACAUGAACCUUAACAUCCAGACAGACACAGAUAUUGGGGAGCUGGACUCUGUGCUCAACACUCAACAGCAUUCCUUCCCUGGCUUCGCUCGACAAAUGUGGGCUUAUAUCACUGUCAAUCAACUUCUAGCCGAACGCGCUCUAGCUCCUAGUGCAAUUAAAAAGCGUAAGAUCACCCAGAGGAUUGUGGCUUUGGCUGUGGAGCAUCAGUUUGUGACCCCUCUGACUGCCAUGCUGGUAGAAAGUCAGGACCAGGAGAUAGCUGAGCGACUUAUCGCCGACUCGCCCAAAGACUCCAAACAUGGCUGUUGCUCAGCUACAGCUACAUUAUUAAAUGGACAAACUCCUGAACAUGUAGUCUAUCAGCCUCCUCCGUGGAUUCUGCCCACAUCUGCCCCCAAUGAAGUCAAGAAAGGAGAUCAAGAAAGUAUCAUUCCUGGGCAAAUCAUUCCUCGGCAAAUCAUUCCUGGGCACAUCAGUUCUGUGGACAAUGAUCCUCACUUUAUCAUUCACUUGCCCAAGACCAACAUGGACAUCUGCUUCAACAUCGACUCCAAACCUGGGCACAUCCUCAACUUGAUUUCAGACACUGGAAAGGGUAUUACAGUCAAUGGUCAGUUGGUGGGGGCUAAGAAGAUGAAGAACAACAAAAUAAACACAUACUUCGGUACCAUCUCUAUAUACUCCAGAACAAACGGCGUGCAGGUCAUAGUUGGAACAAACAGGAUUGAUCUGAUGGAAGGCAGGAACAAUCAUUCCUUCUCUUGGGGAGCAACAACUGAACUGAUGCUAAAAGGGAUGAAGAUUACCAUAGUGAAGGAGCAACAGGUUACCGUGACGACCGAUGAUGGUAUUUCAGUGAUGGUGCUGCUGCAUCGAGCAUGGAAGAAACAUCCCGUGCAGGUGGACUUCCUGGGCUUUUACAUGCCAAAUGACAACAAAUACUCCUCGCAAGUUCAUGGUCUCAUUGGUCAGUUUACACAGGAACCACAGGUGAAAGUGUACGAUGUGCAUAAAGGAGCAGAUCCAAAAAAGAAAGAGGCCGUAAUGGAGGUGAAAGGCAACAAACUGGCCGUCACCAGGGGUUGGCAGAAGGACUACAGAAUUGACAAGAAACAAGGUUCAGAUGUCUACUGCUGGUUUGUCCAUAACAACGGAAAAGGCUUUAUUGAUGGAAGUUACACCAACUAUAUCCUCCCUGAGCUAGACAGCUUCUUGCCUUCUCUCUGAAAUGUUAAAAAAGUGGCUGAGAGAGGAAGAGUCGUUAUUUUAUACAAACAAAACCCUUUCUCAUGAAACUUGACAAGGUGGUUUUGGAAAAAAAGUCAUUUUUAAUACUACAAGAUACAAAACAUCAGAAAAUGGUGUUGUACAUCAAGCGAGAAAAGAUAAUCCUCUAAAAUGAAGUAAACUAGAGCAUAUCAAUGUAUUGUAAUAAUUUGUAAUCUAUAAAUAUUUUAUCAUAUGCAACCAUUUUCAAAGAUAACAAAUAUAAGCACAAUAAAUUGAUUGCAGAAUUUGUUCCAGUAUGUAUAUUA